AUGAAGCUUUUUGUGGUUGCCAUUCUUUUGGAGAUCGCUUGGGUGCCAAGGCUGGAGGCAUGGUGUUGUGGUGUGCCCUGUUGUGGGAUAUUCUCCGUGGCUACAUGUCUCGGCAUUGAAUGUAAUGUUUUUUGUUGCAAUUGCAAUAACCACAAACUAUGCUUGAUGCCCGAGUGGGGCCUUCGACUCCAAUCCGCAGCACAACCUGGAUACAAAUUUGCUGAGUUCGAUGAGAACUCAGAUGGGCAAAUCGACCGAAACGAGUUUUUGAUCGCUCUGGGGGAUUACAACGAAACGCUCGAGGCGAAACACCCGAAAUGGUUUGAGUCAAUGGACAAAAAUGGCGAUGGCUGGAUUCAACCGUCCGAGUUCGAUUCGAGCCUUGAG